AUGCUUGUUUGUUGGCGUGCCCGCGAUAGCAAACCGCCCGUGGCUACCCGUGAGGCCUAUGGUCGUGCCCUUGAACGCCUCGGCAGCGCCAAUCCCCGUGUCAUUGGUCUCGAUGGGGACACCAAAAACUCCACCUUUGCCAUCUACCUGCGCAACGCGAAACCACAGCAGUUCAUCGAGUGCUUUAUCGCGGAGCAAAAUAUGGUUGGAGUGGCCAUUGGUUUGGGGACGCGCGAGCGCACCAUACCCUUCGUGAGCGCCUUUUCUCCCUUCCUGCUCCGCGCCCACGAUCAGAUCCGCAUAGGUGCCAUAUCACAGAGCGAUUGCAACUUUACUGGCACCCAUGCUGGUGUCAGUGUCGCCUCUGUGAAGUACACUCACGGCCGCGUAGUUACCGUGGAGGAUCAUGCUCCUGAGGGUGGUCUUUCAGAGGCCGUGGCCAGUGCUCUCAGUCAACAGGGUGUGAGUUUCACCCAACGCAUCCUAGCAGUCCACGAGGUUCCACGCUCUGGUAAGCCGGACGAACUUUUGGCCAAGUACCGCAUCGACGCCGCGGCCAUUUGUGAGGAGGUGCGCGCCCUUGUUAACGCCUGA